AUGUUUCAUCUCAGUUUUGGGCAUUCUUUCGCCGAGCUCGUGGCACUGAUCCUACUCCCCGGGCUUGCUUUUUAUCUUCUCAAUAGGAAGAAAGCCAGUGCACGUAGAAGUGAAGAAGAUGCUGGUACUGGCGCACCUGGUUCGAUGCCUACGCCGACAGAAGCUAAUUCUGAUGGAUCUAGUCCGUCUCCGACAGCAACGACUUCCGGUGGAUUUAGUUCGUCUUCUACAGAAACUCAAUCCGGUGGAUGUAGUUCGUCUCCGACAGAAAUUAAUAACGGCGCGUCUAGUUCAUCUCCGACAGAAACUAACAACGGUGCAUGUAGUUCGUUGACCGCAACUACUGGAAACCGCUAUGAGGUGUUCUUAAGCUUCAGAGGCCCAGAUACUCGAUACGGCUUCACCGAUCACCUCUACCACGGGCUCCUCAACGCCGGAAUUGACACUUUCAGAGAUGAUGAUGAGCUCUGUCAAGGCCAGGACAUCAGACCGGCGCUUGUGGCAGCCAUCACGGAUAGUAAGAUCCUGAUCCCCGUUUUCUCCGAGAGUUAUGGGACAAGUGAUUGGUGCCUGGAUGAACUGGUUCAGAUGAUGGAGCGCAAGAAUAAUAACGGGCAGAUUGUGUUGCCUGUAUUUUACAAAGUGAAACCAUAUGACGUGGGCCAUCAAAACGGGAGGUUUGGAGACGCAUUUCUUGAGCGUGAGGGGCGUUUGCUUAAGAGGGGUUUCGACCCAACGAUUUUGGAGAAUCGGAAGAAAGCACUCCUUGAAGUCAGCACCUUGAGUGGAUACGAAGUUGAUGGGUAUGAGGCAAACUUGGUGAAAUCGAUUGUCCGAAAUGUGUUGAGCGAACUGAAGAGAAAGUUUGAGUUGGAUAUUUCUGAGAAUUUAGUCGGAAUUGAUAGUCAUGUGAACCAUGUUAUGGAACGUGUGAGUAAAUCUCGUGCCACCCUAUUUGUUGGCAUCCAUGGAAUGGGAGGCAUUGGUAAGACUACUCUUGCUAAAGUCAUCUACAACAAGCUUUCCAAUCAAUUUGAGCACCGUAGCUUCCUUGCUGAUAUAAGGGAAUCAUGGAAGCGUAAUGGCGUACAUUACUUACGGAAUCAAUUAAUCUAUGAUAUAUUGAAGCGCGAAAAUGAAGUUCAUAGUGAGAAUGAAGGGACUAAGUUCAUCUCCUCCAAGUUUAAAGGUAAAAAGGUCCUUGUUCUUCUCGAUGAUGUGGAUGAUGUUGUUCGGGUGAAGUGUUUGGCCGGUAAACGUGACUGGUUUUCUUCGGGAAGUAUGAUCAUUAUUACUACCGGAAACGAGAAGAUUCUUAAAGAAGUUGGUGUGGACUAUGCCUAUAAACAUGAGGAAAUGGAUAACGACCAAGCUUUGAUUCUUUUUAGCCAACAUGCAUUCCGAAGGCACCCUCCUCCAAGGAAAUUUAAGGACCUCACUCAUGAAGCUGUAUUCAUCAUCGGAGGGCUUCCCUUAUCUCUUGAGGUUUUAGGCUCAUUAUUGUGCGGAGAAGAGCUAGCACUCUGGAGAGGUACAAUAGACAAGUUAAAAAAAGUGCCUCCUAAGAAAGUGCGAGAAAAGCUACGGAUAAGUUAUGAUGUAUUAGAAGAUGAACAAAAGCAAAUAUUUUUGGAUAUUGCUUGUUUUUUCAUUAGCACUGACCGGAGAACCGCAUCCUACAUGUGGGAUGCCUGUCGUUUUUUCCCCGGGGAGGGAAUUGAAGUAUUGAGGUUCAUGUCACUAAUAAAAAUUGACGAUGAUCAUAAGCUUCGAAUGCAUGACCAGCUGAGAGAUCUUGGUAGGGAAAUAGUUCGCGAAGAAAACCAGUGGCCUAAGAAUCGUAGCAGGUUAUGGGACUCUGAGGAAAUCGGGAAAGUGCUAAAGCAAAAUAAGGGAACGGAAAAGAUUCAAGCCAUUUAUCCGAGCAAAAGCAGCUCAGAAGGCUCCUGCAAAAUAGCUACGCGAGAUGGUGCAAUUUACACGGAUAAGCAAUUCAAGAAGUUGACGAGGCUAAGAUUCCUUCACAUGAUGGAGGGGGCACAUCUCAGGGGAGAUGUUAAGGACUCGGUUGACGAGUUAAAAUGGCUUCAAUGGGAAAACUGUCCCACGAAUUUUGAAGUGGACAAUUUUCACGCAACGGAAUUAGUUGUACUGGAAUUGCCACAUAGCAAGAUAAAUGAAGCAUGGGAAGGAUGGAGUUCUUUCAAGCAAAUCGACUCUUCAAUCGGAGGCAUGAAGGCCCUCCUUCGCUUCGAGUUGCGCGCCCGUGAGAGCCUCACGAAGCUUCCAGCACAAAUAGGUGAAUUAAAGGCGCUAGAGCAACUUCUCCUGAAUAAUACUCGUGUCCUUUCUCCAUUACCAGAAAGCAUAGUAUCUUUGCCGAAACUAGAAAUUCUGGAUAUUUCUUGCACUAGCAUAAAAAAAUUACCCAAUGAUAUUGGGAGGCCGAGACGACUCCGAGUGUUACGUGCUUCACAUUGCGAAAAUAUGGAAGUCGAAAUGCCGUAA